CUCAUAACACCACACUUACAACCCAACCAAUAGGAUGUAUUCUCGAACGUCCACACACCUAAAUGUCGUCCAGUCCACGCGACUUGAAAACAGACUUAAAAACAGAUAAAGACUUGAAAACAGAUGCUUCUGCGUUGGUAAGAGGCAGAGAGAGAAGGAAGAGAGCGAACAAAAAUGCAAUCGCUGCAAGCCAAGGCCUCCCAGUGGAGCGGAGUCAGCCAAGACGACGCCUUUUCCAUUGAUCAAACCAAACUCUUCCAGAAACUAGGUCUCCAGACCUUCAUUAACCUCUCCACCAAUUUCUACACCAGGGUAUAUGAUGACGAGGAAGAAUGGUUCCGCUCAAUUUUUGCGAAUUCGAAGAAAGAGGACGCGAUUCGAAACCAAUACGAGUUUUUCGUGCAGAGAAUGGGAGGGCCUCCUCUCUACACUCAGCGAAGAGGCCAUCCUGCGCUGAUUGCACGUCACCGACCAUUUCCUGUCACACAUCGAGCCGCAGAGAGGUGGUUGCAUCACAUGCAACAAGCGUUGGAAAGCACCCCGGAUAUCGAUGCAGACUCGAAAGUUAGAAUGAUGAACUUCUUCAGGCACACAGCAUUCUUUCUUGUGGCCGGAGAUGAGCUCAAGAGUCCAAACCAACAGCCCCUGUGUAGGCAUGGGACCAGCAACCAGCUCUGCCCAUGUAAAAGCUUUUAGCAGGGUUUCCUUAAUCAGUUAAGAGAAACAACAAUAUACUAGUAUUCAUCAUCCUCUUGAUGUGGAAGGAAUUUCCUAAAUGCUUUCAUAUGGAUAAAUCUUAUAAUUAAGAUCCUUACAUAUUUAUAUUACGAUGCAAAAUUUAUAAAGUUUA